UGAUUGAAUGUGAGAGCAGGCGGAAGAAAGGCAGCAGCGGCAGAGGGAGGGCGUUUGCUCUCAGUGAACAGCACAACUCAGCUGCUGCAGUCAGGGCAUCAAUUUUGUAUAGGCGUUGAGUGCGGUGCCAGUGCGUUCGCUAGCAUUGGUGCUGAGGCUUCCCCUCUCCCUGCCAGCCUCUUUACCGCUGACCAUGGAGAGCAGCUCGCGUCUCGCUCGACCACAGAAUGAUGGGGGGCGAUACGAGCUGUCUCUAUAGGCAUGUCCGCGUCCGAUUCUAGCGCAGCGCUGCUCAGCUGCAAGAGUUCUGCUGAUUCCUACACGAGUAGACCAUCGGAUUCCGACCUGUCCCUGGAGGAGGACAAGGAGGCGUCUCGGCGUGAGGCCGAGCGCCAGGCCCUGCUCCAGCUCGAGAGAGCCAAGACCAAACCUGUGGCAUUUGCAGUGAGAACCAAUGUCAGCUACUGCGGGGCUCUCGAUGAAGACUGUCCGGUUCAGGGUGCAGCCAUCAACUUUGAAACCAAAGAUUUCCUACAUAUAAAAGAGAAGUAUAAUAAUGACUGGUGGAUCGGGAGGCUGGUGAAGGAGGGGGCAGAUAUUGCCUUCAUCCCCAGCCCUGUUAAACUGGAGGCCAUGCGGAUCAAGCAGGAACAGAAAGCAGCACAAAGGAAAAUGGGAGGAAAUGCUUCAUCUGGAGGCUGGCGGUCUACUCCUCCUUCUGCAGCCAAACAGAAGCAGAAGCAGACAGAGCACGUUCCACCCUAUGAUGUAGUUCCAUCCAUGAGGCCUGUUGUUCUGGUCGGCCCCUCGCUGAAAGGCUACGAGGUGACUGAUAUGAUGCAGAAAGCCUUGUUUGACUUCCUGAAACACAGGUUUGAUGGGAGGAUUUCUAUCACAAGGGUGACUGCAGAUCUGUCUCUGGCCAAGAGGUCUGUAUUGAACAAGAAAGCUAUCAUGGAGAGGUCGAACACACGCUCCAGUCUGGCGGAGGUGCAGAGUGAGAUUGAAAGAAUAUUUGAACUGGCUAAAAGCCUGCAGUUGGUGGUCUUGGAUGCAGAUACUAUCAACCACCCCGCACAGCUUCUCAAGACCUCUCUCGCCCCCAUCAUUGUCUAUGUCAAAGUGUCCUCUCCAAAGGUUCUUCAAAGACUCAUUAAGUCUAGAGGGAAAUCUCAAAGCAAACAUCUCAAUGUGCAAAUGAUGGCUGGAGAUAAACUAGCACAGUGCCCACCAGAAAUGUUUGAUGUUAUACUGGAUGAGAAUCAGUUAGAGGACGCCUGCGAACAUUUGGCCGAAUAUUUAGAUAUAUACUGGCGUGCCACUCACCUGCCAGGCUCCGCUCCCUUGAACCCUUUAGUGGAGCAAAAUGUAGUAACACCACCCUCAGCCAACUCUAGCCAACAGUUCUCAGAGACGCAGGAGCUAAUUGAAUGAGCACUAUCACAAAUAAGGAGUGACACAGAACAUUCCAGAAAGACCCCCAGAAAAUUCCUCAAAGGCCAGCCACUCACUGCCCCAGAAUGAGACGGGGCUCAGAGCAGCUGCCCCCCUGAUGAGAAAGAGGAGGAACGGAGGGUGGAGAAUGAGAUGAGGGUCAGCGGAGAAGUGGACCAAUCCCAGCCUCACUGACAGUGACAACACACACCCUCCCCUGCACUAACACAUGUGUCGUCCUUUACAUCUCAGGACCACCCUGCUGCAGGCCUUCAGCCAAAACACACACACAGGUAUACACACAUUCAACUGGUCUGAACAUCCCUGCUGAGCCCCAUGCUGAGAUCAACAGGGGUUUCCCUCAACCCCUUGGUGGUACCGUCUGUCCGCCAGGUUCUGCCAGCCUGACUCUCAUCUCUGGGGUGAGGCUGGCACUGGCAUCAGAGCAUCCAUACAAUGCCCUCACAAAGAAGGGCACCUCAUGCUACUAACAUCCAAUCCGCUCACUCAGUCUUCACCUCCUGCAUCGUUUUUGUUUUAUUUAUACCUUUUGCACAAUACACUUAAUUUCAAUCAAUCGUCAAAUACAAUUUACUCACAAUUAAUAACCCAAAAGGCUUUAUGUAGCACAACCCUCAAAUGACUAAUUCAUAUACUGAAAUCACACUUGGGACUUUUUGUAACUGAAAACGUUUUUAUUUUUACAUUAUGUGCUGUUCUACUGUUCUUGUGCUUUUUCAUCAUAUUUACUGGAAACUUUAAGUUUACGUUAACCAGGGUAAAUCAGCUAGUAACUAAUCAGUAUUUCCAAUCACACUGCACCUCUUCAGAUCAAUGAAAAGCAGACCACAUGAAUGUUUGUACAUCUUUUGCCUAGAUCUCAGUAUUGCACUAAACAGCCUAACAUGUUACUUAUUUUGUCUAUCAGUGGUUCUCAACUGAGACCUCGCAGUUCUGACACCGACAGCAGGUGAUAAAACUAUGCUAAAUGCUCAGAAUAAAAUGCAACUAAUAUUAUUAUCUCGCAUAGUUAGGAUGACAAGAGAGAAAAUUAAACGUCUAAUCAAGCUAGAUGUAACCCUGGACCACAAAACCAGUCG